AUGGACUGGGCAGCAGCUUCCGGGGCUCCGUCGUGGGGCGCGGCGGCGACGGACCCCGGCCCGACCGUGCUGUCCUUCGCGGGCCCGUCCUCCUCCACCUCCGCCGCCGCCGACGCCGAGGCGCGGCUCCAGGAUUUCGCCGCGGGUCUCGCCCAGAGCGCGCGGCCGGCGGGGGCGGCGGGAGCCUGGAAGAGGUCCCGCGCGGCCGGGGGAGGUGCCGGCGCGGAGGCGUGCUCCGUCGACGGCUGCCGCUCUGAUCUCAGCCGGUGCGGCGAGUACCACCGGCGGCAUAAGGUCUGUGAGGCGCACGCCAAGACGCCGGUGGUGGUCGUCGGCGGCGAGGAGCAGCGCUUCUGCCAGCAAUGCAGCCGCAUCCUGCAGAAUCUUUCUUAUGAUUGGAGUUUUGAAGUUUCUUCAGCUGCAUUCUCAGGCCAAGCUCUUACUGUACUGAGAUGCAACUUUCUGCAAACCAUUGCUGUUUCCCAGCAACAAAAUAUGAAACCAUUUCGUAAGGUCUAA